CCAAAAGGUUUCACUGAAGUGACGGAAAGUGCGGGAAGUUCAUAAGUUUGUCUCUUUUCAAUGACUGAUAGACGUUUCAUUUUUUUUAACGCGACGCACGACUGACAAUCCGCGCAGGUAAUCUCUUGUCUACAAACUUUCUAGAAACAAACAGCUGAAGUAAGAGUGGACACUGAACUUUUGGAUGUUUUGAGUGAAUCUAGAACGUGAUACGGAGAAAAGCUGGGAGAACUCUGGCCAAGUCCGCGCCCUAGUACCGUGAAGUGAGGGGCACAAUGCACGCGCGCUACCCCGCGUCUAGCCCUAGUUCUCUGGGCGUUGUUCCCUACAUCGCGGGCGAUCAGGGGUACUACCGGGCUGCCAACGGCGCUGGCUAUACGGGCAUCCCGGCACCAAUGAGCAUGUACUCUCACGCAGCGCACGAGCAGUACCCCGGAGGCAUGGCUCGCGCCUAUGGCCCAUAUGCGACCACUCAGCAACCCAAGGAGAUGGUCAAGCCACCAUACAGCUACAUCGCACUGAUAACAAUGGCCAUCCAAAAUUCUGCGGAUAAAAGAGUCACGCUGAACGGGAUCUACCAAUUCAUCAUGGAGCGCUUCCCGUUUUAUCGGGAGAACAAGCAAGGCUGGCAGAACAGCAUUCGGCACAAUUUGUCGCUCAAUGAGUGCUUCGUCAAGGUGCCCCGCGACGACAAGAAGCCGGGGAAAGGCAGCUACUGGACUCUCGACCCAGAUUCUUACAACAUGUUCGAAAACGGCAGCUUUCUGCGCCGGCGGCGCCGCUUCAAGAAGAAGGACGCAAUAAAAGAGAGAGAGGAGCGCGAAAUACAAGGCAAGGAGGCCCGGGCCCAGGCUCGUGAAGCUCAGCAGCCGGUCAAACUCCGGGAUAUAAAGAUGGAGAAUGGAGCUUGCACACCUCCGCGCUCUGGCACCCCAGCCCUUGGUUCCGUGACUAAAACGGAGAGCCCGGACAGCAGCAGCGUGGCCGUGUGCGACGGGAGCCCACAGACGCAAACGACACAACAGGCCUUUAGCAUGGAUAACAUAAUCGCAGGGCUACGCGGGUCACCGCCGCAGGCUGCCGAGUUACCCGCCUCGCGUGCUGCUUUACCGAGCUCCGUGCCUCUUGCUUACUCGCCCCCCACACAACCGGCGCACUAUAGUCCUCCCUGUGGCCAGCCGGCCGUCUACCAGUGCGACAUGUAUGCUGGUGACCGCGGGCACGGGAAUGAAGCUUUACCGGAUUACACGAGCGCAACAAGCGCAGCCGCGUCCUCUCACGCGACCCUGAGUUCGAGCCAAGAGAACCCGCACGUGCAACAGAGUCGACUCGCACCGUGGUACCUCAAUCAGAGCGCAGAAGUGGCGCAACUAGGCGCAAGCUUUGGAGCACAACAACCAAGCUUUCACGCGGCGUUCGAGGCACAGCGGCUCGCGCUCAACUCCUCACCGGCGGCCGGAAGCGACGGAGGCUGUCAGACACCUUUCUCCUCCAGCCAGCCACUGUACCGGGCCUCGGGAACUUUCGUCUACGACUGUAGCAAGUUCUGACCAAAAUCAUAUGAGCCAAAAUGCACAUUUAAAUUGGCCCACAGACUUGCAUUUUUAUUCCAGUUUAAAUAAUUUAAUGCAAAGCUUUGAGCCAAAGAGCGGUGAGUAGGGAAGGCUAAAGCAACUCCGGACUGAAAGGCCUGAAAAGGCGUGUAAGAUUUCGAUUUUCCGGACAUGCCUUUUGUAAGACUUUAUAUCACUAGAUUAAUUUAUUUCAUUAAGAAUUAGAUGAACCAACUUUCAACCAAAUGUUAAUCUUAUUUAUAUGAUACAAAACGGAACCUAACUGUGUACAAAAUCUGCGAUUUUUUUAAAAAAUACUCGAAAUAUAUUAUUUGUUAAAUAAAUU